AUGGUGGAUAUAGCCGAAGCUCUACCAUCAACACCAACAAGUCUAUCCAUUCCAUCCGACGAGGCACUCCGAAAAUUCAAGUGUCCCGAGUGCACGAAGGCGUUCAAAUUCAAGCAUCAUCUGAAGGAACACAUUCGAAUUCAUUCAGGAGAGAAACCAUUCGAGUGCCAACAGUGUCAUAAACGAUUCUCCCACUCCGGAUCGUAUUCAUCUCAUAUGAGCAGUAAGAAGUGUGUUCAAUCAGCGUCCCCGUCGAUGGUCACUCCCUUCAAUCCAUAUCAAUUAAUGAUGUAUCGAAAUAUUAUGCUACAAUUGCAAACGCCUCAAGUCUCAUUUCUGCCCAACACCAAUAAUAUGGAGAAUGCUUAUAUGAGUCUUCUUCAAGCCAACCUCCUCCAAACCCUCGACAACGGAUCCUCCCCUACUGCCACGUCACCACCGUCUUCUGUACAAGAGCCAUCGAGUCCUGAGCCUAAAAUCGAAGUGGUGGAUGAGCCAGAAGUGUCUGUGAAGAUAGAAGAGGAAUCGGUGAAAUCAGAAGACACUCAGAAUUCUGUACCUGAGGAAUCAGUGACGCCAGCUGUAUCGAUGUCACUGUCACCAACGCCUGAGCAGAAUGGAAAUGAUUUAAUGAUGAAUAACGGAGGAAGUGGAUCCGAUGGAAAGGCGUCGCCUGAUUGGAGGCCGUUGAGGUCCAGAAGUUUUUUGAACGAUUCACAGGUAGCUAUCCUUCAAAACCAUUUCAAAAGAAACCCGUUCCCAUCGAAAUAUGAGUUAUCCGCCGUGGCUGAGCAGAUCGGAGUGAAUAAGCGAGUUGUUCAGGUCUGGUUCCAAAACACACGAGCCAAGGAGCGACGGAGCAAUCGGCUACCGAGUAUGCCACGUGGAUCGUCCGCCGUGGCACCGACGUCGCCUACAGUAUGGCAGACACCUGCACAACUGAUGGCCGUCUGGGCUCAGCAAUGUCUUCAGAAUGGGAACAAUAGUUUGACGAGCAAUUCUCAGGAUGAGUCCUCAACCGUACGUAACGAGAAUACGGUAACUGACGAAGUGAUGGAUCAUGAUGGUGUUACGACGAAAGAAGGAAAAGAGACACCUCUGGAUUUGACCCUCUCCACGGAAGAUACCGAACCAGAAUGGUCACCGGAGAAGCUUAUCGGGUUCUUGGAUCAAACCGGUGGAGUGAUUCAAGAGUUAUUGAGACAAGCUGGAAAUGGAUUUGUUACGAAUCAAGAGGAAGAGGAGGAGAAGCCGGUGAAAGCCGAGGAGAGCCCUGUAUCAAGCACUUCGUCUUCGAUUUGGCCAUCAUUCAUUCAAUCGUAUCCAUCGAUACUGGAUUCAGCGAGUCUCUCGGCGUUGGAAAAGGCCCUAGAUAACCAAAAAUCCUCUGAAGACGACGCCUCAUCCCUCUGCUCCAACGAAUCGAAACUUCUGAAAUUCCCAACGACACCAAUCAAAGAAGAGGAAGGACUCUUCUCAUGCGAUCAAUGCGACAAGGUGUUCGGGAAGCAAAGUUCGUUGGCUCGACACAAAUAUGAGCAUUCGGGUCAACGUCCUUACAAAUGCGACAUCUGUGAAAAAGCGUUCAAACACAAGCACCAUCUCACCGAACACAAACGCCUCCACUCCGGAGAGAAACCAUUCCAAUGCGACAAAUGUCUGAAGCGAUUCUCGCAUUCCGGAAGUUACAGUCAACACAUGAACCACCGCUACUCGUACUGCAAACCAUACAGGGAGCAGCCUGGAGCCACCUCACCAUCAGACCCUUCGGAUGCCCUGAACGGAAGUCUGACAGUGAGCCCGUCCUCGUCGAAUACACCACCUCCAAAUUGA